GUUUCGCAGUAUCAGCCGUGUGUCUCCACCCGAGAGUAUGGCGACUUGGAUUGCACUGGAGAGUGAGGCAGGAGCAGAGACACGGCAGAGAUGGUGAUGGCGAAACAAAGAGACGCAAGUUCUCCGGACAAGUGUGUUACUAGUUUGCUUAGGAGCUGUUUUCACGCGGCGGCCUUCAGUUCCACGUCGCGCUCGUAGCCCGUUCUGGUGGCCAUCCCAGCGUCUGUCCUCGAUGGAGCAAGUUUGUUUUUUUUCCUCGUGCACAUAGAAGGGUGAGCUAAGCAGAUGAAAGCCUACAUCCUCAACGUUGAGCCAUAUUUGAACAGCUCGCCGUGCACGUUUGGGACAGUCGCGGUCCUCCUGGUGUCCGUGUAGCUGUCAGUGUGUGGCCUGCAUGGGGGAAUUUCUACAAUGAAAUCCAUCUUGGGGCAGCGACUCUUUGUGCUCUGCCAUUGCUGAUCAGCGGCAAGCAACACCGUUAUUUUCAAGCUGUUCAAAAUGGGAUGCCAGUGGUGAAUGUAAAACGAGCAUUUGGGGUUUCUUUCAAUGACGCGUGGAGAUUGAUGAAACCGCACGACGUAUAUUUGAUCCACAAUGCGCGAGUAUAAAGUGGUGGUCCUGGGCAGCGGUGGGGUCGGAAAAUCCGCCCUCACUGUGCAGUUUGUUACCGGGACGUUCAUUGAGAAGUACGACCCCACUAUAGAGGAUUUUUACCGCAAGGAGAUCGAGGUGGACUCGUCUCCCUCGGUCCUGGAGAUCCUGGACACCGCCGGCACCGAGCAGUUCGCCUCCAUGCGGGACUUAUACAUCAAAAACGGACAGGGGUUCAUACUGGUCUACAGCCUGGUCAACCAGCAGAGCUUUCAGGACAUAAAGCCCAUGCGAGACCAGAUCAUAAGAGUCAAAAGGUAUGAGAAGGUUCCUGUGAUCCUGGUAGGGAACAAGGUGGACCUGGAAAGCGAGAGGGAGGUGUCUUCGAGCGAGGGUCAGGCGCUGGCGGAGGAGUGGGGCUGCCCGUUCAUGGAAACCUCAGCCAAAAGCAAAACCAUGGUGGACGAACUAUUCGCUGAAAUCGUGCGACAAAUGGACUACGCCGCCCAACCAGACAAGGAUGACCCCUGCUGCUCCUCCUGUAAUAUACAAUAGCCUCUGGGCCUUUAGAUAGUGGGCUGCAAACAGGAACUGACUGGCUCUUGCAGCAGCAGCGGCAGCAGUUGAGGAAUAUAUUUGCAAUUAGACAUGCACACACACAUGCAGAUGCCAAUUACAAGGAGGAUGAAUUCACGGUUGAACGCAAAGGAUUUUAGGUCUUCAGAGCAUAAAAUCAAAAGUGACACCAAGAUUAAUGGCGUGAGCAGUGGACACGUUUUGAAUGAGAAAUGCCACAAAAGAAAUUGAGUCUAAAGGAACAUGCCCUCGCCUUAUGUUGUUGUUUGUUGCCAUUUUCAGUGCGGACAUUUUUAGCAGUCAUCACCAUACUCACCAUUACCAUUUAGUGUCUUCUUCACUCUGCUAUGGUUAAUGGGGUUUUCCAAAGUACCUCGUUCAUCACAUCAGGCAUUCAGUUGUAGAAUCUUAAGCCAAAAACAACUUUAAUGAGCUUCCCUUAAUUUUAAACUAGACUUUCUGCGCUUUAUCUUUUAAAGUUUUGCCAAGGUUGACGGUACGAGCACACAUUAAUAAACUGGAACAUGGAGAAAAAUAUCAUUUGAGUUUUUCAAAAGAUAAAUACUUAAAAAAAAUUACAUUAUCGAAUUCAUGCUGAUUUAAUGCUAACAGAGUGAAACAGCCCUUGCCUUGAGGUUGUGGGUUUAAUUCUUUUUGGGACAGCUAAUAAAAGUUGUCUUAGUAGCACUAUUAGGUUUUAAUAUUGCUUACAGUGCUUAAAGGGAGGGUUUGAAGAAUUUGUUGUUCAAAUUUCAUUUUGAAAAUGAACAUAAAAGGAUUUUUCUGAUCUCAACACUCUAAGCUACCUAAACCCCAGGACCUGCAGCCAACCAUUAGUCAGUGCUAGUGCAGCUUCUGAAUUCUGAUUCAGAGUUUUCAUAUGAGGCUUUGUGUCCAUAUACUGCGAAUGAAAAAAGACUUGUAUGUGUCCUCUACAUGCAGGUUAAAGCAGGUUGGUUUCUUUUUUAAAUGAGCACAGGCUGCAUACCCUACCUUUAAGAAAAAAAAAAUCACUCUGUUUGUAUUGAAUCAAGUUUUUUUUUUUCAUAAUAAUCAUCGUAAUAUUUUAUUAAUAUAUGCUUGACCUGAAAGCACCUUUUAUUUUUCUAUUCUAAUCUGUCUAAACUUCAGAGAAAAGUAUUUUGUUUUUGAUGUUUUUUGGUGCAUAUCGUGAGACGUUUGUUUUGAAAACCAGACAGCAGAUUGUUGAUUGGAAUCUAGUUCAUUCAGAUGGUACAAAACCAUCUUCAGUGUUUGAAUCUCUUACCUAGCAUUAUCUGUUCCUACUGAGGAAUGGGAAACUGUACACGUGAAGAUGCCAACGUUUGUCACAUUUAUGUAUUUUUUUUAAAUCUGUUUUUUAUCCUUCAAAAUACAGGCACAUGUCUAUAAAUUAGAAUAUUGUGGAAUAGUUCAUUUUUACUAUUGUUUGUAUGAGAUAAAUCCAGAUUUGUUAAAAAAAAGUAGUUUAAAAGUAGUAAACUGCAUUUCUUUAAGUCAAAUACCUAAAUAUAUUACGUUCAGUGUUUUCUUUUUCUUAUGGCCUUUAACAUGAAGUAUAGUAAUGCCAGUUUUCCAUAUAAAAUCACCACAGUUAAUAAGAUAAAUGCUUGAAACACAUAACUUUUUUACUUAUUAAAUUAAAAUAAUAAUUAUAUCUAUUCAAGAGCAAGAGAUAAUUUAAAUUUAUCGACGUGUGCCUGUGAAUGGGGCAGCCUUCGCCAUAGCCAUCUUUUAUGUGCCCAGAGUAUUUUAGCAACAACUACUAGAACUGACUCCAGCAUUGAUCUAAAGAAUAUAAAGUAGUGUAAAUAUUUUGUACUGCAAAGUGCCAGCUCCUGUGGAAAACCCUGACUGGACUGAGUUGAUGGUCGACUCUAUGCAUGGCUAAACUAAAGGACUUCUAUGGUUCGAGAUGAUUCUGGGCAAAGCUAACAUUUUGGAUCUGGACACUGUCGACUGUAUAUCUAGUAUGUUGCCCCAGGAUACCAAUUCGUCUCCCGGGUGACCAUAUUCAUUGUUGAUUUUCUAUUUUUUUAAUGUGACCAUUUAUUUCCUCUCUGGAUGGCGACACUGUUACAUUUGACACCGAAAACAAUAAAAGUGCGUUCAACACGGA